CCAGACGAAAGUGCACUUGCUGAAUUGUAAUCCAACAGAUUACGUUUGAACAAAGGAAGUUUAACGGUAGCGUAACAUCGCCUUCUGAAACGCAACUGCAAAUAGGAUUUCGAGUGGAUGCAACGUUGAGAUAACAAAGUACAUUUGCAGAAUGUGCAGCAGAUGUUCAAACAAAGCCAAACGGUGGUGGUCUCUAUGUGUAUCGAUUCUAAUAUGUGCGAUAGCGAUUGCACUUGGAGUGGCGUGGUCACCGGUAGUCGACAACGAAAUUAGAAAGCAGUUUACGUUUGCACCGGGAACGGAAAUAUACGACACAUGGCUGAAUCCACCGAUUGACAGUUUCCUCGAAUUGUACUUAUGGAAUUGGACAAACACAGAAGAUUAUCUCAGCGAAGGGUACAAACCUCAUCUGGAGCAGUUGGGUCCGUACACGUUCCGGGAGAAAAAGGAACGCGUUGGUCUUGACUGGAAUGAUGGCGAUGAUACGCUUACUUUCUACCAGAAGCGAUUUUGGCAUUAUGAACCGCAAUUGUCUAAUGGAGAUUUGGAUAAAGAUACUGUAGUGACCAUCAAUCCCAUAUUGUUGACCGUUGCAUAUACGCUACAGGACAAUCCUUAUUUCGAUUUCAUCGAUGGCAUGAUUAACUUGAGCCCGAACAUUAUCGACAAUCCAUUCUACAAUGUGCAUGUGAAGGACAUUCUAUUCGAUGGAUACGAUGAUUACUUUCUUUCAAAUUUAAUUGAUAUUGUUGAGAAGAAUCCAGGAUUGAGCGACAUGGUCGAUCUACCACCAUUUGACAAAUUCGGUUGGUUCUACGGACGAAACGAAAGUGAAACGUACGAUGGAAAUUUCACUAUCCGCAGAGGAACGGACGACUUUCAGCACAUGGGUAUGAUGCAGCUCUGGAACGCAGUCAACCAGACCGAAUUCUAUCGAGAUGAAUGUGGUGCGGUAUUUGGUAGUACUGGGGAGCUAUGGCCACCGUUUCAAGAACGAAGGAAUACAAACAUUUCGGUGUUUUCAUCCGAUAUCUGCAGUGCAAUGACUCUGGAGUAUGACGGAGAUUUUAGUCUGCUCGGUGUGGACGGUUUCAAAUGGAGAGGCAAUGACCGCGUCUUCGAUAAUGGCAAUAGAUACAAUGAAACCAUUUGCCAGUGUACGGCUCAGCAAGAGGAGUGUCCGGUAUUGAAAACAGGUGCUAUGGAUGUGUCGCAAUGUAAAUUUGGAGCUCCUGCAACUAUUUCAUAUCCUCAUUUCUACCUGGCGGAUGAUUCAUACGCAAAUGCAGUAGAAGGUAUGGCACCGAGCAAGGCGGAGCACGAGUUUAUUAUGGCAUUGGAACCUUAUACAGGAGUCCCACUAAUGGUGAAGGCACAACUGCAGGUCAACCUUCAAGUGGAAGAUUACGGUUUAACCCUGCUGAAAGGUAUACCGAACGUGAUGCUUCCUGUGCUAUGGUUCCGACAAACAGCUGAGCUCAACGAGGAUCUUGCCAGCGAUUUGAGGUUGGUACUUGAUCUACCAUAUAUUGGAAUCUACGUGGCCAUAGGGAUCGGCGUUGUCGGAGUUGAAUUUGUGAUGCAACCAGGCAGUGAGGUGUAUGAAAACUGGUUAGACUCAUCCGUACCCAUGUUCAUGGAUAUCUACUAUUGGGAUUGGACAAACUCGGAGGAGGUUACCAAUCCGAAUGUUCGCCCCAACUUUGUUCAAAGAGGGCCAUAUGUGUUCAGUGAGGUGCAUGAACGCGUGAAUCACACUUUCAACAACGAUCACACAAUCACGUUCAUGCAGAAGCGAACCUGGCAGUAUGUUCCUGAGCAGUCCAAUGGCGAUUUCUACACAGACCGAGUAACAACGCCACACACAUUUCUGAUGAGUUUUGGAAAAGCGGUUGCUGAGCUUAAUGAUCCAGUAUUACUAUUUUUUGCAAAUGCUUUGAUCAAUAAUAACGAUCUUGUUGAUGGAGUCACGUAUAAAAACGUACUGGUAAAAGAAAUCCUUUUUGAUGGAGUAGAGGACAGACUGCUGGAAGGACUGCAAAACAUUACUAUUGAUGCACCAGGCCUUCUUCCAGACACUGUGGAAUUACCAGCCUGGGAUGGAUUUGGAUACUUCAUUGAUCGCAACAAAAGCGCAGAGUAUGACGGAGUAUUUCGUAUGAGCACAGGCACUGAUGCGUGGACCAAUACCGGGGAGAUGCGAACGUGGAACGGCGAAGCUACGGUGCCAUACUACCGGGACGUCUGCGGGAAAGUACGGGGUUCGACUGGUUCAGUAAACGCGCCGAUGACUAGUGAACAGACAAGAAAUCCCGGCGACUUCUUCUUAUUCAUUACGGACUUGUGCAAAGCGUUAACGCUGCGAUACGAUGGAGAUUUUGUACUUAAUGACCUAGAGGGAAAGGUUUGGGUUGGUGACGAACGAGUGUUUGAUAACGGUCAUACUUUCCCGGAAACCGCGUGCCAAUGCACAGCAGCCGAAGAUGAAUGCCCUGUGUUGAAACCAGGAUUAUUGGAUGUGUCAGAAUGCAAAUACGGAGCCCCUCUGUUAGUUAGCUUUCCACACUUCUAUCUGGCGGAUCCGAGCUAUUUGAAUGCUGUAACAGGUUUGACCCCUAUGCCUCAAGCGCACCAGUUCCGGUAUGCUCUGCAUCCCUUCUCCGGCAUUCCAAUGACUGUCAGCGGAAGGCUUCAAUACAACGUCCAUGUAAAGGAUUAUGGACUGGAUAUAACUCAGGGGCUUCCAGAUAUAGUGAUUCCUGCAUUUUGGGUGGAGCAACGGGUAGUUCUCACUCAAGACGUGAUAGAUGAUUUACAGUUAUCACAAUCAUAUCUGCUGCGUAAAACAGCGCAAACCAGCUCCAAAAUGUGUUCUUGUUUUUCAGUCAUGCAGAAGAAACUGGUUUCUUUUAGUUGUUCGGCUUUCCUGAUUCUUUUUGCUAUCGUUUUGGGCACAUUAUGGCCGUCGAUGUCUUCUAAGCUGUUACGCGAGAAACUAGUGAUCAAAAAUGGAUCUGUUAACUAUCAGAACUGGAUCCGGACACCGAUCCCGAUGUAUUUGGAAAUCUAUCUGUUCAACUGGACAAACCCGCAGGAUCUGUUCAAGUAUCCGGCGGUGAAGCCUCACUUCCAAGAAAUGGGUCCGUAUGUGUUCCACGAGGUUCACGAUCGCGUCAAUCUGAUUUGGAACGGGAACAGCACGGUGACAUUCAACCAACGGCGAACGUGGAACUUUAACCCUGCAUUAUCGAAAGGAUCUCUCGAUGAUACCGUGACUAAUCUGAAUGUUGUUUCGCUGAAUGCAGCGUAUUUUAUGCGAGAUGUAUCAUCCUUUUACAAAGCAAUGGUGGAAGUGAUGCUCUCUAUGGACGGUUCCUUGUUUUGGAAAAGCAAACCUGUUCGCAGUCUACUAUUCGAAGGGCUGGACGACCCAUUGCUAGACCUAUUGAAAACCCUCAACCAGUCUUCUGUUCAAGUACCGUUCGACAAAUUUGGUUGGUUUGUAGAUAGAAAUCUGAGCGACACUUAUGAUGGAAUAUUCACAAUGAAAACGGGAGCCGAUUCGCUGGAGGACACCGGAAUGUUAACCUUGUGGAACGGCGAAAGCAAUACGGGCAUGUAUCGAGGGAAAUGUGGUGAAGUCAGAGGAACCACCGGUGAGCUAUGGCCUGUUAGCCAUAGCUUGAAGACCAACGUCACCAUUUUUGCAUCGGAUGUUUGUCGUACGCUGACGUUGCAAUACGGAGAGCAGAUUACAAUUCAUGAAGUGGAAGGCAGCAAAUAUGUCGGCGAUGAACAAGUGUUCGACAAUGGAACCAAGUUUCCAGAAGCAGCCUGCUGGUGCAACUCCGAUAACUGUCCAGAUGUUAAAUCUGGAGUUUUUAAUGCAUCAGCUUGUAAAUACGGAUCACCAACGUUUGUUUCCUACCCUCACUUUUAUCUGGCAGAUCAGUCAUAUCUGGAUGCCGUUAGCGGGUUGAGUCCGAAUAAAUCUAAGCACCAAUUUUACAUUGCGAUGGAACCACAUACUGGGAUUCCGUUGGAUGUUCGUGCUCAGUUGCAAAUAAACAUGCAUCUACAGCCGAUUAAGGGCAUCAAGAUGUAUGAAAAAGUGCCAAAUAUGAUGGUUCCAAUGAUGUGGUUUACACAACGGGCAACACUCACACCUGAAUUGGCGGGUCAAGCUAAGAUGGCUCUUGUGUUGCCAGCGUUGGGUAUCUACAUCGCCAUAUUCCUUGGCACGACGGGAACAAUCCUGGUAGGCAUAUUCGCAUUCAUGUGCAUCCGGAAGUGGAGCGCCGAGGUACCGUACGAAGAACUGCAGCGAUGAGAAGUCGCUGUUGAAGCCAUCACGCUCGACAGUGGACACAGCAAUGGCAUAGCAGUAACGUGAUCUCACAUUUAAUAGAAAAUGUGCGGGCAUUCGUAAUAGCAACUAAUCCACCUGCUGGGAUGUGAAGUGCCUUAAAGUGAUAAUCAUAACUCGUAAUUACAGCCUCAUAUUUUGCUCACUACAUUAAUUAUUUCGGGGUUGGCGAGAACUGGUAACUGUACAUAACACAUGUAGAGAUUUAAUAUAAUACGACCAGUUGACAAUGAUUUUAAGUCUGAACCAAAUGAGAUAGGUAGAUAGCAACAGUGCCAAUUAUUAAUUACGAUUAGAGGCUUGAAAAUUGUAAAACAAUUAGAUACCGAAUACUUUAGGUCUGUUUUAAAAAAUAUAUAUAAUGGAUUAAACUAAAAA